GUGGAUUGUGCUAGGGUGGUUUCAGAACGGAUUUUUGUGAAAUGGCGAAUUUGUGAUUCUUGUGGAUCAAUUUAUAUUUUAUUUGAAUAACAAUUUUAUAUGGAAAAUAUGCAGUAUUGUGAACUAUAUCAUUCUGUGAAUUGUAUUUAAAAUAAACCAUAUCUGUUAGUAACUCUGUUCAUAAUAUGAUACACGGAACCAGUUGAUUGCAUUUUUGUCAAGUGUUAGGUUUCCUCGUGAAACAAAAUCUACAUAGGAUAUAACUAUGAAUAAUAAUUGUGGUGGAGUUGGGGCUGGAGCUGUUGGCGGAGGAGGUGGUGCUUAUGAUGCUAAGAUAGCUGGCUUGUACGACCUGCUCGACACUCUCGGCUCAGGGCACUUUGCAGUGGUCAAACUAGCCCGCCAUGUCUUCACUGGGGAAAAAGUUGCUGUUAAAGUUAUUGAUAAAAGUAAACUGGAUGAUGUUUCCAAAUCACAUUUAUUCCAAGAGGUUCGCUGUAUGAAGUUAGUCCAGCACCCUAAUGUAGUGCGUCUGUAUGAAGUUAUAGACACACAAACUAAACUAUAUUUAAUACUAGAGUUAGGCGAUGGUGGUGACUUAUAUGAUUAUAUUAUGAGACAUGAAUCUGGUUUGUCUGAAUCUCUUGCUCGUGAUUACUUCCGUCAAAUUGUUCGUGCAAUUUCAUACUGUCAUAGGUUACAUGUUGUGCAUCGAGAUUUGAAACCAGAAAAUGUAGUAUUCUUUGAAAAACUAGGUGUAGUAAAAUUAACUGAUUUUGGAUUUAGUAAUAAGUUUUGUCCUGGUCAGAAAUUGGAAACUUCAUGUGGCUCUUUAGCUUAUUCAGCCCCAGAAAUUCUUCUUGGUGACUCGUAUGAUGCCCCUGCAGUUGAUGUGUGGUCACUGGGAGUGAUACUAUACAUGCUUGUGUGUGGCCAGGCUCCCUUUCAAGAAGCUAAUGACAGUGAAACAUUGACUAUGAUUAUGGAUUGUAAAUACACUAUUCCUCAACACAUAUCCAAUUCAUGUAAAAGGCUUAUAGGUAGAAUGUUAGUAAGGGAACCAGAAAAACGAGCGACUUUGUCGGAGAUAGCCACUGAUCCGUGGGUUACUGCUGGUGAAGGGGUCACAGUUGAGGACUUUGACACUCCUUUAGUGGCUAAGGAACAGCUUUCUGAAGAUGAUCGCUCAGCUAUAGUUCAAAGAAUGGUGAAUGGCACCAUUGCAUCCAAAGAGCAGAUCUUGGAGGCUCUAGAGAAAAAUGAAUACAAUCACAUUACAGCUACCUAUUAUCUUUUGGCUGAAAGAAAACUAAGAUCUAAAAGACAAGAGGCGACACUGCGAGCUCGGCGGCCCGAAGCGCUGAGCGUGGCCCGCGCCAGCCCCGCUGCCGCGCCCGCGCCCGCGCCGCAGCGCUGCCUGCUGGCGCCGCCGCUGUCCGCCGCGCCGCGCACCCCGCAGGACGUGCCGCCGCGCUCCCGGAAGUGCAGUAUCGUCCGCGAAGAAGAAGAUGACGAGGAGGGCGCCGUCGCCGGCGGGUGCGGCGGGCGCGUGGUGGACGCGCGGCGCGGCUCGCGCUCCGAGGGCCGCCUGCACCUCGCCGCCCGCGCCGCGCACCCCGCGCCGCCCGCGCAGCCCGCGCCGCGCUCCGCCCACCUCGCCGACAACCUCACCAAGGUGAACUUGGAUGACGAAGGCAGUGCGGAAUCGACGACACGCGGCGCUCCGCCGCCGGCGCCCCCGCCCGCUCGGCGACAGCGGCUCGAGUGCCGCCGGCGCCGCGCUCGCGCCGGCUCCUGUUCCUCCUCAGAUCUGUCCGACGACGAUUCCGAAAAAAAGAAGCGCGCCGCGGAACACGCUGACGGACCGCCGGAGCGCGCUCGCCGCGACUCUCACGACGACUCCAGCGACAGCCAGGAGCGCGGCGGCGGCGCCGGGGCGCUGGGCGGCGGCCGGGCGGCGGCGCGCGCCCCGGCCGCGGCGCCGGCGGCGGCGGAGCGCGGCGGCGGCGGCGCGGCGGGCGACGGGCGCGCGGGCGGGGCGGCGGGCGCGGCGGGCGGGCGGCGGCGGCGCGCGGCGCGCAAGGAGUCGCGGCUGCGGGAGUCGCGCUCGCUGAACCGCAUCGCGGAGGUGGAGGAGGCGAGCGGCGGCGCGCGGUGGGCGGGCGGCGGGCUGGUGGCGCUGUGCGGGCGGCCGCUGCUGCGCCUGCUGGCGGCGGCGCGGCCCCCGCCGGCCACGCGGCGGCUGCACGGCCUGUGCUAGCCGCGUGCUCGCGACCGCGCUGCUUAGGGCCGACGCCUCAUGUUCCCGCCGACCGUCGUCUUUUUGGGCAGUUUUGGAGAUUAUUUAUUCCGCCGGCGGUCCCUGCGAUAUCACCACCGCUCGAUCGACGGUGAUCGAUUUCCGGAUAUUUAUUUGAAGUACCAUUGAUGGACAUUUUGUGCCCUAGUCGUCGCUACUUUAAUCGCGUCUAGAGGAAAAAGUAUUAUCGUCCGAGUUAUCAUCGAAGUGAAUAAGAAUUAAAAGCUGUAAACGGAAUUCUACUAUCUCAAAAUAAGAGACCGUCGUUAUCGGUUUUAUGCUGUCUGGUAUUUGAAAUGUUUUUACUCAUUGUAUUUUUAUAAAGAAAAUCCUAACAGGUAAACAGGGUUUCAAAUGGUUCAGUUUAAGCGUAAAUUCAAAUUCAUGAGCGAUAAUGGUAACACGAUAACGAAGGAUAACAAACUGUUUUACUUCUAGUAGUACAUUAUCUAUUGACUGAUUCACUUUCAUUAUCAUGAUUAUUCUUGACUAUUCGAAAUAUGUAACAGGGUUUUAAACAUUUGUUUGAUCAACCAAAAAGUUUUAUCUCAUCACUCACUUCACUACUGUUUUACACCUUGAAAUGACUGCCGGAGUUUAUAUAAUACUGGUUUUGUUUGUACCAUAUUUAUGACAGAUACAAGUAAUCAAAUACCACCAACACAACUUGUAGCUAUAUCAUUGUACCUACAUCUCUUUUCGCCCAUCAAAACUCACUUGACUCACAUUCAAAAGUACACCCUCCUUGUUUCUAAAACAUAUGAUUACAAUAGCUUAAAGCCUUUUCAAAAUUUAAUGAUAACAUCGCGUCUUCAUGUCAUCGAAUAAGUACUUAUUUCGAUUGCUACCAUUUUUACUAAUAAGACCAUUGUACAGCUUGAGACAAACAAUUAGAAAGAGUUGCUGUUGCUGAGGACACGCGCUUAAGUCUUAUUAGAGCCUGGCAAGCUCCUCGUUUAGAACUCUCACACGGUCCACGCGGGGAGCGAGACUUUUUAUUUUUAGGGUUCUGUGGCCAACUAUUUUAAAUAUGCCAUGUCUGUCGGUCUGUAUGCGGCUUAGCACAGGGACUCUACGUAUUAGGAUGCUUAAAUAUGGAAUACACAAUAUUUAACGACAAAAAUAAACUUAAUUACCUAUGGCACUUUGUGCUAAGUCCCCACGGCUACAAAUCAUCCUGCAUAAAACUAGUUUAAGCUGACCGUUCAAUUUAUAGAAAGAUCAUAAUAUAAAUCAAAUCCAAGACAAACAGAUUUUUAUAGCUUGAUGUUUAGCCGUGUGUACAUGAUUCGGAGUAGCUCAUUGGAAAUAGAAAGUAAAACCCGUUUUGAUGGUGAUAUUAAUUUUUAUACGGAGAGUUAUUUAAUUAAUUCCUCCAAAAAUAAUAUUUUCACUUAACUGUAGAUCUUGUGUUUACUUUGUUAUUUAUAUUAUUUACCUUCAUCAAAAGAACAAAAUAUUUUGACUUCAUUAUUUUAGACACAAAUCGGUUUCUGUCGUGCAUGCUUCUUAUGUUUGACAGGUUUCACGUUUCUCAAUCAAUUGAAAGUUUUACGGAACCACACACUUACUAACAACUGGCUUUGCAUCCUUAAUUGACUCUCAUAAUUAAAAUAUAAUAUAAUCUAAUUGUAAAGGGUUACUAUUUGGCUUACCUUCAUUAUACAAGGUUUUAAUUGCCAAUAUAGCUAUUUCAUAACCAGAAAAAAAAAAAGAAAUAUAAAUAUACAUUGUAUCUUUCUCGUACUAAUUAGAAGAUCCCUUCUUUAAUACUUAGAUUUUUGUAAUAUUUAUACGCAAACUGGUAAAAAAUUGAGCUCUUAGGUCAUUAGAGGUUUUUGUUAUAAUAAUCGUUAGGUUUUGUCGCCAAAAAUUAUAAGCAGCGCAAGAGCUUAGGAUUUUAUCCAACACUGUGUAUUUUAAGCACAUAAAUGUAUGUUUUAAAUUUGACUUACGAAAUGUUUUUUACAUAAUUUUCUUAAGACUUCCUGUAUCUGUAUAUUUUACUACCUCGUGUAUUCCAGAAUGUUAUUUAUUUCUAUGUAGGUAUAGAUGGACCUUUAAAAAGGAUAAAAAAUAAAAUUAAAUUAAAACAUAGAAAAAGAUCCUGAAACAUAACAAAAACAUGCUCAAAAAUCUUUCAUAAAUCUCGCUGACUGUACCACAAUGAGAAUAACAUUCUGGAAGAUAAUAUUGCCAUGAUGAAUACUUUACAUAAGUGUUGUUGUGAUUGUAAAACUUUUAUCCUACAACAGUAGCCUGUAGUUGUGUCAGUAAACCUCGAAAUUUUAUUUAAGGUGAAUGCUUCGACUGCUACUGUUAUGUGUCAUAGAACACUGUGUAGCGGAUGGUUUUUUUAAGCACGAAUUAUACCGCAUGUAAACCGAAGCGAGCUGCAAAAUAGGUACACGCGUGGUAAACAGCUCCAAGCCUGUGUCCAAGCGUGGGUCUUCCAGAGUAAUUGGCCCACCAAAACUGUGAUUGCGAGUUUCUCUCUUUUCGCAUGAAUCUAUCCUCCGCGUGAACAUUAAUUAAAUUCCAUAUUCCUCAAAAUCAAUGAAUAAGCGCUUUGUAUUCUUUAGUCAUCCUAAAUGUAUGUCUCAGGUACCUUUAAUAUAGACAAAAUACGCGCUGCGCCCAAGUAAUGCAAAUAAAAAGAUCUAUGAAUAGCUUCACAGACUCACCUGUACCUAACUCUCAAAAAGUUGACGCAUUUCAUAAAUGUUUAGCUAUAUUAGAUUGUGCAAAUAAAAAUGUUUAUAAUUUGUAGAGUAUAAAUAUGCAUCUAGAGAAUGUUUUUUUUUAAGUAAGUUAAUGUUGUGUAUUUAAAAAUCUAUGUACAUAUUUAAAUUGUUGUAAAUAAAUAGUCUAUUUCAAAUAUAACAUAAUUAAGUAACUUUUAGUUAUCAUAAAAAAGCAAUGUCGCAUACAAUAUUUUACUAGGUUGACGUUGUGAAAAUAACUACACUAUAAAGUUGGUUCAUUUGGCACUUUUGAUAGUGGUGCUCUAAGUUUGCAAUAAUUAUACCCAGACCAAAGAUUUAAAGAAAUUGUGUGUUAAUGCAUUUCCUAUUCUUGUGCUGUUCGGUGCCAACUUAAAUAUAAAUUGUAUAAUUAUGGUAAAAUUCAGAUGUGUGUGAACCACUGUUUUCCUAGUAUAUUUUGUGUCGGUGCUUGUUAUUUAAAUAAUGGUCGAGAUUAAUUAAUAUUUGGAGAUAUUAUUAAAAGUAUAAAAGUAAAAAUCAA